AUGUCAGGAGCCGCGGAUCGCGAAGCUGUCUUCCCAACCCGGCAGUCGCUGGGUAUCAUGAAGGCAAAGCUCAAGGGAGCAGAGACAGGGCACAGCUUAUUGAAGAGGAAGAGCGAAGCUUUGACAAAGCGUUUCAGAGAGAUCACGAAACGAAUCGACGAGGCGAAGCGAAAAAUGGGACGAGUGAUGCAGAUUGCGGCAUUCUCUCUGGCUGAAGUUACUUAUGCGGUGGGCGGUGACAUUGGCUACCAAGUCCAGGAAUCUGCCAAAUCCGCUCGAUUCCGUGUCCGAACAAAGCAAGACAACGUCUCGGGUGUUUUACUCCCAGCCUUCGAAAGCUAUCUCACCGAAGGCAACAACGACUUUGGGCUGACAGGCUUGGGCAAAGGAGGACAGCAGGUGCAGCGAUGCCGAGAGACGUACGCCAGAGCUGUGGAAGCGCUUGUCGAACUUGCCAGCUUGCAGACUGCGUUCGUGAUCCUGGACGAGGUCAUCAAAGUGGUGAACAGGCGCGUCAAUGCGAUUGAGCACGUUAUUAUUCCUAGGACCGAGAACACUAUCAAGUACAUCAACUCUGAGUUGGAUGAACUCGACCGCGAGGAAUUUUACAGAUUGAAGAAGGUUGCAAACAAGAAGCAACGUGACACUGCCGCAGCAGAUGCCGAGAUGAAGGCAAGGCGAGAAGCAGAAGCCGCCACGCAACACGGAAAGGCGUCGCAGCAGGAUGAAGGGAAAGCUACAGACGUCCUUGGUGCAGGUGAUGAUGAAGAUGUCAUUUUCUAG